CCAUGGAACCGAGGUGCCUCGGAACCCCGUGAGCAGAGCAGAUCCAAGCCCUGGCGGAGGCGUCCCUGUGCUUCCGACAGCAGCGCCAUGAGACUGUGGCCGCAGGCAUGGUGUGCUGCUCGUGCCGCUUGGCGCGAGAGCUUCCCUUUGCAAGGUCACGACGUAGCACGCUGGUUCCCCGGCCACAUGGCCAAGGGACUAAAGAAGAUGCAGAGCAGCCUGAAGCUGGUGGAUUGUGUUAUCGAGGUUCAUGAUGCCCGGAUCCCACUUUCAGGUCGAAACCCUCUGUUCCAAGAGUUACUUGGUCUGAAGCCUCAUCUGCUUGUCCUUAACAAAAUGGACUUGGCGGAUCUUACAGAGCAGCAGAAAAUUGUCCAGCACUUAGAAGGAAAAGGCCUGAAAAAUGUUGUUUUUACAAACUGUGUAAAGGAUGAAAACAUCAAGCAGAUCGUCCCCAUGGUCACGGAACUGAUCAAGUGCAGUUACCGCUACCACCGAGCAGAGAACCUGGAAUACUGCAUCAUGGUGGUUGGUGUCCCCAAUGUAGGCAAAUCCUCCCUCAUCAACUCCCUGAGGCGGCAGCACCUUAGGACAGGAAAAGCUGCCAGAGUGGGUGGUGAGCCAGGAAUCACUAGAGCUGUCACAUCCAGAAUCCAGGUAUGUGAGCGUCCACUGAUGUUCUUGCUGGAUACUCCAGGGGUGCUGGCUCCUCGGAUUGAGAGCGUCGAGACAGGCCUGAAGCUGGCCCUGUGUGGAACUGUGUUGGACCACCUUGUUGGGGAAGAGACCAUGGCUGAUUACCUCCUCUACACCCUCAACAGGCAUGGGCUACUUGGGUAUGUGCAGCACUAUGGCCUGGCCGAUGCCUGUGACCACAUAGAGUGGGUGUUGAAGAACGUGGCUGUGAAGCUGGGGAAGACACGGAAGGUGAAGGUGCUCACGGGCACGGGUAAUGUCAAUGUUAUCCAGCCGGAUUAUGCCACGGCAGCCCGCGACUUCCUCCGGACCUUCCGUAGUGGGCUCUUGGGCCAAGUGAUGCUGGACCGUGACAUUAUGCCUGCUUACUGAUGACACUGACCCCUGACCUGGCUGGCUGAAAUAUGGUCUGCAUAUUCCAUGGGACUGCAGCUGGAGUGUUUAAUGCUUGGAACUAUUCUCCUUAUCUGGAAGCUCUCUCUGCUGCUACCUGAGACUUAGGACUCACCUCCAAAGGGCACUAUGUUCUCUUGUCCAGUAGAUCCUGGUCAGUCCUGGUUGCUACCAUGGGGUCCCAAGAAAUCCUGUGUAUAUGUGACUUGGUCAAGAGGUUUUCUCAGUCUCAAGGAGAGCUUAAUGCUAUCAAAGGAGUCAAAGCUGUAACCUGUAACUUCAAAAAAAUUGGGUUAAAAAGCCAACUUUUAAAAAUC